UAAUCAGGAAUAUUGUAGAUAGAUUAUAUGCUGUCUGUUCUGUGAUUUGGUUAUAUUGUCUGACCACCUAGUUAUAUUUUUGUUGCCAACUUCGCUCUUAUUAACCAAAACUAACUAGACUUAGUUAGGGUGUGUGUGAUUUUAUUUUUUUUAUUUAGCUCUUUAUUUUAUUUUUCUUAGUUAUGUUUAACUAACAACUACAAUACUGUUCUAACAAAGUGAUCAAGAUGAGUUGGUGGUCGAAGAUAAAACCCAGUAAAAAGGACGAUGCGAGUAUCAGCAGUUCAAUAGCGGUAAUAGGACUACCAACAAACAUAAAACAUGAUAUACAUGUUACAAUGAAUGAGAAAGGUGACUUCGAAGGACUGCCUUCAGCAUGGAUCAAACAGAUUGAAAAUCAAAUUAGUCGGGCUGAACAGGAAAACAAUCCGAGGGUUGUGAAGCAGGUUCUACAAUUUUACAACUACCGAAUGAAACAGGAUGCAGAAGGCCAAGGAUUCAAACCCAUUGUUACAGAGAAGGACAUUAAUGAGGAAACAAAGGCAAUAGACAAUUAUAUGCACUCAAAAGCUGCACACAAAAGCAGAGACUCUUUGAAUGAAGAUAGUCAAAAUAGAGAAACAAUCACCCCUACACGAUAUGAAAACUCCGACUCGACUGCGGUCAAUAAUAUGACGAAAACUCUAGAAAAUUUAUCAGUCCUUUCUGAAUAUGAAGAUUCUGAAGUAGCAGUUCGAGGCACAUAUGUUGUCGACCCAAUAGAGAAAGAUGUUAUGGUUCGCCGAAAAUCUUCAAUCACCGACGAAGAAUACAUGCGAAGAAUCAAAGCGAUCUGUAACCCAAGAGAUCCCUGCGACUUUUAUAAAAAGACCAAUGACUUGGGAAGUGGUGCUCAAGGUACCGUGUUUUCGGCCACGGAUAUCCGGACUGGGCAAAUGGUGGCAAUAAAGGAUAUUGACAUGUUGAGACAACAAAAGAAGGAGCUGUUGCUCAGUGAGAUCGAGAUCAUGAAGAAUUUCAAACACAAGAAUCUAGUCAACUUUCUGGACGCGUUCGUGGUGACUGAUCACCUGUGGGUCGUGAUGGAGUUGCUCGAUGGUGGUCCGUUAACGGAUGUCGUCACCGAGACCAUCAUGAAAGAGGGGCAGAUAGCCGCAGUUUGUUACGAAGUCCUGCAGGCGAUCAGUUACCUUCAUAGUCAGGGAACGAUACAUCGGGACAUAAAGUCCGAUAAUAUACUGCUCAGUAUGGAUGGGAGUGUAAAAGUAACAGAUUUUGGUUUUUGUGCCAACGUUAGUGGCAAUGAAUUGCGCGAGACAAUGGUAGGUACACCCUAUUGGAUGGCACCUGAGGUUGUUACCAGACAGAAGUACGGCAAGAAAGUGGACAUUUGGAGUUUGGGUAUCAUGAUUGUCGAGAUGGUGGACGGUGAACCGCCCUAUUUAAGGGAGUUACCUAUUAGGGCGCUCUACCUUAUAACUUCCAUCGGUAGGCCGAGGAUUAAUAGAUUAGAAUUUCUUUCACCUCAACUCAAGCAUUUCAUCAAUAUGUGCCUGGAAGUCGAUGUGGAUAAGAGAGCGACUGCAGAUGAGGCCUUAAAACAUCCGUUCCUCAGUCCUGAAAAUCGAAUGGAAUUAUCCACUUUAACACCACUUAUUAAAGCUGCAAAAAAGAUCUUACAUAAAAAUUAAAAUUGGAUAUCAAACACACAUUGCAACCAUUUUAUAUCAGAAUUUGAACAAAUGAAAUUUUAUUUUACAUGAUCAAAGCGGCUAAUUAUUAAAUUGUAAUUGACUGAACCAUGCAAAACAUUCCUUUUUUUAUUAACUUUAAUUUUUAGUUUAUCAUUUGUCAAAUUCUCAAUCUGUUUAAUGCUGUGUUGGUCAGUAUUUUUCCAAAUAACAUAUUAUCAGGACUGCAUUUAAAAUUUCUGACAAAACAUUUGUUAAUUUAAUAAUUUAUAAUAAGGUAGUUAUAUAAGUGGCAUUUGUACUAUCCGUUAUACCGUUUUUUAUAUGGAAUAUUUUUAUAACUUUAUACAAUUAUUAUAUGCUUUAUAAAAUGUAUCUAAGCAUAGGAAAAUUCAGUAUGCCAAAUAUUUUGAUUUGUAAACAAGUUAUGUAUGUUUAUUAUAAUGUUGCUCUGUACAUAUGUACAAAUUUUUAAAUAAACUUUAUUAUAUAAAAUAAAUAAUUAUUUAUG